AUUACAUAAGAUUGCAUCAAGUAAAUCGGUCUCAACAGUUUUAAUGGUACACUUAUUGAGAGAGUACACUGUUGUGGUUUUCCGGUGGUUGAUUUCUACUAUAAUACUAUUGGCGUUAUUCACCUACAUGUUAGUGGUUUGCUCUCCAGACACCAUUAAUUUCAUACAGUAUAAAUAACGUAUGCGCAGACUUUGAUUUUAACAGUGUACUAGUUUGUUCAAACACUAUCCAAAAAAUAGUAAAUUGUAUCUAGUGUGUACGUUUUUUAUAAUAUUAAAUUUAAUACUCUUCAAAAAAAUAAAAUAACAUCAUGCUUAAAUUGUUUGCCGUAAUCUUUGCUGCUCAAACCGUGUUCGCCGGCGCUGCUCGUUACCCGUCCGGUGUAAACCCGGCUCUGUGUCCUAAUUAUCCGCACUGUGAUAACGCGCUGUUGGCAGCUUACGCUCAACCGGCCCAACACCAUGCUCAUUACUCACCUCACUAUGACGAUGGUCACCAUUACAAUGACGGUACAUACAAUCAUCAGCCUGCGGUUCCAUUGCCAUACACCGAACCCGGUUAUCCGGCCGGAGUUUCCUCAUCGAGCUGCCCGAACUAUCCGUACUGUUCGCAUCAGGUACCUGCCGAAGCACUCAGAUACAAUACUCAAAAUAGAUAUCAAUCUGGUCCUGCUUAUAAUAAUUACUAUUAAACUAGUGGAAAUCAUUUAAAAUUACUAUAAUUCAUUGUAUUAAGUGUAGUAUUUAAACUGUUACUGUGUAUAACCUAUUUUGUAUCGAAUUUUAUAAAACUAAAAUAUUAAAUAAUCAGAUGAUAUGAACUAUUGUGUUAAAACAUACUAAAAAAAAAAAAAACAUACAAUUUCAUAAAAUAAAAAUAUUUCUAU